UACCAAUUCAGGACUUCACUCUCUUCACUUUCUCCGAGCAGAGUGGCAUUCAUCAUUGCCUCCUAGCAGCUGAAAGAGAAAGGCUGGACUGGACCUAGGUUGACCACUCUUCUAAGGAGCCAUGCUGCUGUGGUCAUUAUGGAGUGCAAUAUUGCUAGUGGAGGCUGUGGAGGAGGAAGAUGUGCGAGCAGGGUGCAGCACAGCUGUAAAUGACCUUGUCUAUAUUGUUGAUGGCUCGUGGAGUGUUGGCACCUCAGACUUUGAGACGGCCAAGCAGUGGCUUAACAACAUCACCAGCCAAUUUGAUAUCAGUUCCCACUACACACAGGUGGCUGUGAUCCAGUACAGCGACACUCCUCGUCUGGAGAUUCCUCUGGGGAUACACCAGGGUGGAGCAGAUCUCAUUGAGGCCAUACAAAGCAUCGAGUACCUGGGAGGAAACACACAGACUGGCAGGGCCAUCAAGUUUGCUGUGGACCACGUUUUCUCCGCCUCCCAGAGGGCCAGCCAGGUCAAGAACCGCAUCGCCGUGGUGGUGACAGAUGGCAAAUCUCAGGAUGAUGUGGUGGAUGCCAGUGUGGAGGCACGAGCACAGGGUAUUACAGUAUUCGCUGUUGGAGUUGGCAACGAGAUCACCACGUCGGAGCUGGUAUCCAUUGCCAAUCGACCAUCAGCUGCCUAUGUCCUGUAUGCUGAAGAUUACACCACCAUUGACCGUAUUCGAGACUCCAUGGAGCAAAAGCUGUGUGAAGAGUCUGUGUGUCCAACUCGAAUCCCCGUGGCAUCUCGGGAUGAGAAAGGCUUUGAGCUGAUGCUGGGCAUGAACAUUCAUAAGAAGGCCAAGAAGAUCCCUGGCUCUCUGGUUUCUGAGGCCGCCUAUGCCCUUACUGCCUCCACAGACAUUACUGAGAAUACCAGGGAUAUUUUCCCAGAGGGCCUUCCUCCAUCCUAUGUGUUUGUAGCAACCCUGCGUCUGAAAGGGUCUUCCAGCAAGCUGACAUUCGACCUUUGGAGGGUGCUGUCUAAGGAUAGGGAGAUCCAGGCUGCAGUGACACUAAGUGGGAAUGACAAAACUGUUACAUUCACCACCCCAAGUAGGACAGGAAAUUGGCAGAGAAUCACCUUUAAAGCUGGCUUUGAGAAUCUGUUUGACGGAAAGUGGCAUCAACUUAAAGUCCUGGUGAGACAAAGCCAGGUCACAAGUUUCCUUGACGAUCAACCAAUUCAGGAAAUGAUGCUGGAACCAGUGGAGCCCAUUUACAUAAAUGGAAAGACACAGGUGGCAAAGAGGCGAGGAGCAGACAACACUGUACCUGUAGAGAUUCAGAAGUUGCGUCUGUACUGUGAUCCCCAUCAGAGUGAGAGAGAAACAGCUUGUGAGAUUUACUCUGUGGAUGAUGAAAGGUGUCCUCUGAAUCGAACAGCUACAGAUGAGGAAGAAGACUGCAACUGUGUAGUUGGACCAAAAGGGCAGCCGGGCCUACCAGGACGCAUGGGUUUCCGAGGGGAGAAAGGGAGGGAAGGACCACCAGGACCUGAUGGUAAACCUGGUAAAGAUGGGAAAACUGGGGAAAUUGGUCCUUCUGGAUUUCCAGGGAUGAAGGGUGAAUAUGGCCCAACAGGACUUGGAGGGGACCCUGGUCUACAAGGUCUCAAAGGAGACAGAGGCGAACCAGGCUUAUCAGGAGAACCAGGACCUCCAGGACCCAAGGGUCUUCCUGGUGAGAAAGGUGAGCUGGGACCUUCAGGAGAAGCUGGACCAAUGGGGGAGCCUGGACUACCAGGUAGCGGAGGACAGCUUGGGCCACCAGGAGGAAAGGGGGAGAGAGGAGACAGUGGUGCUGCUGGAGCUCCAGGCGAGGUGGGUGUCCAGGGACCUCUUGGCGAAGUGGGUCCAAAAGGACCUCAGGGAGAAGAAGGCUUGCCUGGGCCAAGAGGACCACCAGGAAUGAACGGAACAAUGGGAAUCCAAGGACCCCUGGGGCCGCCCGGGCAGGACGGCCACGAUGGUCCCAAGGGGAAGUGUGGCGAUCCAGGUGUCAUAGGUCCUGUUGGUCCUCCAGGCCCGAAGGGCUCAACAGGGGACUCAGGUUUAACGGGUCUGCCGGGUGCCAUGGGGCUGCCAGGGUUCAAAGGUCACAAGGGGGAGAGAGGAGACACUGCCACAAAAGGAUGCCAGGGGGAGCCAGGCAGAGAUGGAGAACCAGGCACUCCUGGUGUAACUGGCGAAGUGGGACCCAUGGGACGGAAAGGAGAGACAGGAGCCACAGGUGACGUAGGUCAUAGGGGAGCUGAAGGGAAGAAAGGGGACAUGGGCCACAUGGGCCACAUGGGUGCUGUUGGUCCCAGGGGAUUUACUGCACAGGACGGGUUGCCGGGCCAACCAGGCCAACCAGGAUAUCCAGGAAAACCAGGCAAACCUCCCUCAGAUGAACAUCUUCUAAAGCUCUGCACUGAUGUUCUGCGUAAUCAUCUUCCAGCACUGCUCCAGACCUUGGCCCCCCCAGCCAAGUGUGAACCCUGCCACAGCGUGAAGGGACCCCCGGGUGAACCUGGAGCACAAGGAGCCAAAGGCUCAAUGGGAACUCCAGGCUACCCUGGCAGGAGUGGGAAUCCCGGGUACCCAGGGCCUCCUGGAAUGCAGGGUUCUGCAGGUCUUAAAGGUGACAUGGGACCAAGAGGGCUUAAAGGCGGCAAAGGUGAAGGUUACAUUGGACCUCCAGGACCACCUGGACAGCCAGGAAUUCAGGGUCCACGUGGCUUUGAUGGAAUUGGCCAUCCAGGAAGUGAGGGAAUUCCUGGAAAACCAGGGCCUCCAGGAGAUCUUGGUAAACGGGGCCAUCCAGGACUUCCAGGGGUUUGUGAUGUUUCCAUGUGUUAUCAAAACUACAACCUCAGGGAACAUUACAGCAAAGGACCCAACAUCUGAUGAUGAAGGAGCAGGGGAGAGGAUGCUAUUGAAAACAGAAUGUUUCCAGAAUGCGAUUUACUGUAUCACUGUUUUACAGAGAUGUGUAUGACUGUUGACUCCUUUAUAACAACGUGUGUGUGUGGAGAUCAGCUGCACUGGAGGCAGAAAUAAUCUCAUUAGUUGAGUUAAAGUGAAAUAGGCAGGGCAUCAAUUCUUGAUUAUGGAAUUCAUGAUCAAAGACAGUCAGCACGCUAGCUACCUACAGUAUCUGACUGAGAUACCAGACUUACAUGGCUAAUUUAUUCUUGCCAAGUUUGAAAAGCAGCUUACGAAAGUGGGGUUCAUUCCAAAUAAGUCAGGUAAGCACCAACAUUUUUAUUACCGAGCUGUUUUUUGUGUAAAUAGCAAGACAAAUAGGAUUUGAAAUAACUUUAUGAAUAGCUACCUCCUCUUUUACUCUUUGUUUAAGUCAAUGUUUCCGAAGGUUUUGUUAAUACAUUGGAUCAAUCCCUCUUCUCAUUUAAUUUCAACGCAAACCAUAUGACACACUUCCUAAACAAAAUAUAUAAAAUAGAAAAUUAUUAAAUAAUUAUGAAAGAUCUGAGGCUGAAAAGACCAUUUGCCCUCUUGUGUGAGGUAAUGUGGCAAAUCAUAAGAUGUAUUCUACUCGGGACUCAGUAGAAUAGCAGUAGGCAAAGUCUUCUUUAAUUAAUGAAUGAUUAUUAAUUUAUUCCAGAAUAUGAGUCAUAUUACAUCUGCAUAUAACCCUAUACUAUGAAUAGAAGUAGAUAACACUCAUGCUGUGCUGUGGUUCCCAUUAGCUUCAUCAAAAGAGGUCCAUAUCAACCAGUGAGAUAUUAUUCCUUCCUUCAGUGCAGAUCUGACCAAGAGAAAUGAUUGUCUUCAAAUGAUGUUAAAAAGUACAGUACGCUCCCUAAAAAUGUAUGUGGAUAAGUCACAACGAAAGAACAGGACACACUAUUUUCACAUGAUUACUUUGCAAAAGGUGACCUAACCGUCAGGCAUUUUGGUGAAAAAAAAGCAACCUUGAAGUUAAUAAAUAAAUGAGGAAUCACUUCAAAUACAGCAUUGUUAUAUUGCAGUACAUUGUGACCUGUCAGCCUGCUUUUCAGUUCAUCCAAACAGUAAUAAAUUCUGGUGGAAAUAACAUAUUCUAUGACCUAUUGUUUAUAGAGCACCGGGAGUUGUGUAAUCCAUCACUGUGAGACGAGGGGUUGUAAGAAACAUGUCACUGUCUAUCUUGUAGUUUCAUAUUUGUUUAGUUUUUAAGCCAAUAUUAUAGACUUAUAUUUGCAUCUGUGUGUGGAUUACAUUGAAUUAUCAAAAUUAUGAUUUUAAAAUUACAUUUUUGCAGGCUUAUCGUUUUUUUUUAAAAUUACCUUCAACUUGGACAGUACUUUAUGCUAACAAUCCCAGAAUGCAAUGCAUCACAUUUUUAUUUGCAAGAAUUUUGGUUGUACAACUUUUAACAUGUAAUGAUGAUGAUAAACUAUGAUGAUUUGUAAGUGUCAUAAAUGUAAAUUUGCUGCUUUAUAUUGAGUAAAGCAUUGGGUAUUUCGGACACCCCAUAUUUAAAGCUCGUCUGUUGCCUUUACUCUGUUACUGUAGCUGUGUGUGCUGGGAUAUGAUUAGCUGCCUGGAAACUUGUACAGCUCCAUGCUUGCUUGAAAAUAGAUUUCCUAGUUGUAUUUUGUUCGUUCAACUGCUUUUGUGUUUUUCAGUACGAUAGGACCCAAUAUGACUAUUAUCUGCAUAUGUUGAAUUUUGUGAAGGUAGUGGGCUAACAAUGUGACCAAACAGAUUUAUUUUUUGCAAUUGUUAUCAAAUCAUACUGAGUACAUUUGACCUGUCUAUGUUUUAAUCUAGUCGAAUGAAAACUAUGGCCAAUGGUCCAUCCAAAGCCAAUUUACAAAAGGAAUUCAGUGAAGCUGUGUGUUGGCAAAUGCCAAAUAGCCAAACAGCUAUUUCAAUUCCAUAUUGCAAUAAUAUGCUUCGACAGCGUCUCAGUACGUUUUGUUUUUUUACAGUCUGUUUACAAGGAUAAAGACAACAUAUGUUUUGUUUAUAUUGACUGUUUUUCCAUCUCCAUUUAUGGAAAGUGUUGGUGGUUAUGUGCUAAAUUGCUUUAGUGCCAGUUUCUCAAGAAAAGUGGCACUCCAUGUAUGUUGAGGACUGAUAAGACUUACAUGUCAAAGACUUGGAACUCUUCCAAAGGCCUUGUGGAGUAACAAACGGUUUAGCACCUCUCUCUAGGGUUCAGGCUUCAGAGUGGCAUUUUCCAGACGCUUAUUUGUUGCUCUCAAACUGUAAAUUUGGACUGAAAUAAGCUGCACAGGUUUAAGGUAUCAUCUCUGUUAGAGAAGCAAGCCAUAUCUUAUGUUAUCAUUCAAGUCUUAAAAAGUAGGAAACAAUCAGCCAUGCAUCAAGCAAAUACAGUCCUGCUGAAAGAGUACUGAUAUAAGUGUGACAAUCUCGCUGCUUAUUGCUAUUGCCAUUUACAUUUUUGAAAAAGAUUAGACAUGAUUUUGUUGUAUGAUGAUAUUAAAUGACUUUACCGUAUGCUGCCAAA